AUGGUCGAGCCCGCGCGGGAGACCGACGAGUCUGCACCGCUCCUCGCCGCGGCGGUCGACGAAGAGAGUCCGUCCUCGACGCCGUCCUUGACGACGACCGAGGGCUAUGGGCUCGGAAGAUCGACGAACUUGGUGGCGCCUGAAGGAGCAGGGGCGACCCAAGACAUCGGGCCUCUCUUUUGGUCGCUGCUCGCCGACUCUGUCCCUGUCAUUCUGUCCUACAUUCUUCAGAAUUCAAUCCAAACAGUCUCUGUCCUUGUUGCAGGACGUCUCGGCCCAGAUGAGUUGUCUGCCGCCGCCUUUUCGCUCAUGCUCGCCAUGGUAUCGGGAUGGUGCGUUGCUCUUGGAGGGACGACAGCGCUAGAUACGCUGGGCUCGCAGGCAUUCACCGGUGAUGACAGGCUGUCUGUCUCGAUACACCUACAGCGUUGCUUGCUGCUUCUCUGGAUCCUCUUUAUCCCAGUCGCCGUGCUCUGGUUCUUCAUCGAGCCGGUGUUGCUCAUGCUUGGACAAGAAGAACUUCUCAGUCGGAAUGUGCAGAACUUCCUUCGCAUUCUGGUUGCAGGUGCUCCUGGUUACAUCGGCUUCGAGAGUGUGAAGAAGUAUCUCCAGUGCCAAGGCAUUAUGCGCGCGUCCACUUUUGUUCUCAUCCUCGUCGCCCCCGUGAACCUCGCUCUCAACGUGUUCUGUAUACACUACACGCCCCUCGGCCUUCUCGGCUCGCCCGUCGCCAUUUCCAUCACCUACUGGCUCUGCUUCCUUCUCCUCGUCCUCGUCACCGCUCUCUCCUCCACCCACCGACACAAUAAAACAUGGGCCGGCCUCCACCUUGCCGCUGUGUUCGACCUCCGCAGCUCCCUAACCUUCCUCAGGCUCGCUAUCCCCGGCAUCCUCAUGGUAGGUACAGAAUGGGCCGCGUUUGAGAUCGUCGCAUUGGCAGCCGGACGGCUUGGUGCCCUGCCUCUCGCGGCCCAGUCCGUGAUAAUGACUACGGACCAGAUCCUUAACACGAUACCGUUUGGCAUCGGGGUCUCUGCAUCAACCCGCGUCGGGAAUCUCAUCGGUGCCCGCGCACCUUCUGCCGCCAAACACGCAAGCCACGCGUCCGCCGCGCUGAGCGUCGUCGUCGGGCUCGUCGUCAUGAUCGUCAUGAUGGCGACGAAAAACAUAUUCGGCUAUAUCUUCAGCGAUGAUACAGCCGUCGUGCUCCUCGUGAGCAAGGUGAUGCCGCUCGUCGCCUCGUUCCAGAUAGCCGACGGCCUCGCUGGCUCGUGUGGUGGUGUUCUUCGUGGCCAAGGCCGCCAGCACCUCGGCGCGCUCUUCAACCUCGUCGCCUACUAUGUCCUCGCACUCCCGCUCGGUAUCACCCUCGCGUUCCACCGGCGGACGCGCCUUGGUCUGCAGGGCCUCUGGAUCGGCCAAGUCGUUGCACUCUUCAUCGUUGGCCUCGGCGAGUACGCCGUCGUAUGGCUCGGAACUGACUGGGAGGACGAAGUUCGGAGGGGGAUCGAGCGCAAUCAGGCCGAAGCGAAGCGGAGGCAUCAGCAUGAGCGCUCCCCACAAUGA